AUGGGCAGGAAAGCCGAGGUACAGCGCAUAGCGCUGGAACGCUUGAUGGGCCCCGAGAUGAUGGGGACGGCAGAAAAAGACGUGCAUUUUACGGAUCCCAAAGUGUGUCGCAACUUUUUGUGUGGCACAUGCCCACACGACUUGUUCAGCAAUACGAAAAUGGAUCUGGGUCCCUGCCCCAAAUCACAUCUUCCACGUUAUAAGGAGCUUUAUGAUGCGGCCGUGGAGCGCGGCGAAACUUUCCCCCAAAUCGUAUCCGACUUUCAGCGCAACAUACAUAUAUUCGUGACGGACAUGGAUCGGAAAAUCAGUGCCAAUAGGCGCCGCUUAGAACAAACUCCCGAGGAAAUGGAGAGGUUUAAUGCUAUGAUGCGUGAUAUCAACGAGAUUGAAGAGGCUAUUACGGCCGCUACGAGUGAGAUGGAGUCUCUUGGUGAGCAGGGCCGCGUCGAGGAAUCGCUCAAGGAGCUCGAGAAAGUCGAUGCGCUCAAGUCGGAGCGUUCCGAAAAAGAGAAGGAGCUCCAGACGCUGCAGGAGAACAGUGGUGCAAGUGGCCACCAAAAGCUGCGCGUAUGCGACGUGUGUGGAGCGUACCUAAGUAUUCUGGACUCGGACCGCCGCUUGGCUGACCACUUUAGUGGCAAGAUGCAUAUGGGAUACCAGCGUCUACGGGAUCUCCUCAAGGAAAUACAGAGCGAGAAAAAGACGCAUCAGGACGCACCGAGGCCCCUGGAUCCAGCGCGCGACCGACGACGGAGCCGAUCGCCUGUAGGCGCCCGAUCGUAA